UGAGGCAAGUUACCCUUUGGAAAUGUGCUCGCACUUUGAUGCUGAUGAGAUCAAAAGGCUAGGAAAGAGAUUUAAGAAGCUUGAUUUGGACAAUUCUGGUUCUUUGAGCGUGGAAGAAUUCAUGUCCUUGCCCGAGUUACAGCAGAAUCCUUUAGUACAACGAGUAAUAGAUAUAUUUGACACAGAUGGGAAUGGAGAAGUAGACUUUAAAGAAUUCAUUGAGGGUGUCUCUCAGUUCAGUGUCAAAGGAGAUAAAGAGCAGAAGUUGAGAUUUGCUUUCCGUAUCUAUGACAUGGAUAAAGAUGGCUAUAUUUCCAAUGGAGAACUCUUCCAGGUGCUGAAGAUGAUGGUGGGGAACAAUCUGAAAGAUACACAGUUACAGCAAAUUGUAGACAAAACCAUUAUAAAUGCAGAUAAGGAUGGAGAUGGAAGAAUAUCCUUUGAAGAAUUCUGUGCUGUUGUAGGUGGCCUAGACAUCCACAAAAAAAUGGUGGUAGACGUUACCAUCAGCCCGUCCCCCGAAAGAGGCGGGAAGACAGGUCUCUUCGCGGGCCGGUUCUCCUCCGUGUCCAUGCGGGCCGCGUCUUCGCUCUCUCCAGCAGGCCGUUUCUUUGGGCGCCGGCCACCCUUGCGGACUCCUCCAGUUCGGCAGGCUCUUCCGCGUCCAGCACGUGCGCAGCCGUACCCCGUGGUCGUGCCCGACGCGCAGAGCAACAGCCAAUCAGUCAGGGAUCCGCCCCUUCCGGAGAGGCCCGUAGAGGGCCUCAAGCAGAGAACUGGAAUCUGCUGGGCUAUGUCUGCUUUCGAGAAACCUCAGAUCAUCGCCCAUAUCCAGAAAAGCCUCAGUUACACGGUGUUUGACUGUAAGUGGGUCCCAUGCAGUGCCAAAUUCGUGACCAUGGGCAACUUUGCACGGGGCACCGGUGUCAUUCAGUUAUAUGAGAUCCAACGUGGAGAACUAAAGCUGCUUCGGGAGAUUGAGAAGGCCAAGCCCAUUAAAUGUGGAACAUUCGGUGCAGCGUCUUUACAGCAGAGAUACUUAGCUACUGGAGACUUUGGUGGAAACCUUCAUGUAUGGAAUUUGGAAGCUCCUGAGAUCCCAGUGUAUUCUGUAAAGGGCCAUCGAGAAAUUAUAAAUACAGUAGAUGGUGUAGGUGGGCUUGGAAUUGGAGAAGGAGCACCUGAAAUUGUGACCGGCAGCCGAGAUGGAACUGUCAAGGUGUGGGACCCAAGGCAAAAAGAUGAUCCUGUUGCUAACAUGGAACCCAUACAAGGCGAAAACAAGAGAGACUGCUGGACUGUGGCGUUUGGCAAUGCUUAUAAUCAAGAGGAGCGUGUUGUUUGUGCUGGCUAUGACAAUGGUGAUAUUAAACUGUUUGAUCUCAGAAAUAUGUCAUUGCGAUGGGAGACAAACAUAAAAAAUGGGGUCUGUAGUGUGGAGUUUGACAGAAAAGACAUAAGUAUGAAUAAGUUAGUAGCUACAUCGCUGGAAGGAAAAUUCCAUGUUUUUGACAUGAGAACACAGCAUCCAUCCAAAGGCUUCGCUUCUGUUUCAGAGAAGGCUCAUAAAUCCACUAUCUGGCAGGUCCGACAUCUGCCACAGAACAGAGAGCUCUUUUUGACUGCUGGGGGCGCCGGCGGCCUUCACCUCUGGAAGUAUGAGUAUCCUGUUCAGCGGUCAAAGAAAGACUCAGAGGGUGUGGAGAUGGGAGUUGCGGGCUCAGUGAGCCUCCUGCAGAAUGUGACCUUGUCCACUCAGCCCAUUUCAAGUUUGGACUGGAGUCCAGACAAAAGGGGGCUCUGCGUCUGUAGUUCAUUUGACCAAAUGGUGAGAGUACUGAUUGUUACAAAACUCCACAAGAUGUAA